AUGGGCCACGUGUGGCUCGGCAUGCCAGGGCGCGGGCCCGAGGUGACGACCAUGCGGCACUGCGACGGGCUGCAGGUGAUGCGAAAUGUUUUUCUGUACAACGGGCACGUCAUGGUGGUCACGGACCGGGACAAGGCCAAGUCUAUCCGCGAUAUGGGACGCAAGGUGGCACGGUUCUUGCCAGACACGAUGGGCCGGGUGUUCGUGGCGUAUAUCGCGUGGCUGCUGCCGGCGGAGGAGGUUCUCGAGCAGGCGCUCGAGCUUCCCGCCACGCCCCAAGCUAACAAGGAGUUUAUGUGGCGGCAUGGAAAGUCGGCGCGGUGGAACACAGAGAAGCUGAGCGCGCUGUUGCAGCGAGAGAUGGGCACGGCGGUCGGCGUGCGGCUCGGCGUGGCGCGGUACCGUAUCAUGGUGAUUGAGAUGGGCCGCAUCGUGCAGGGGCUGCAGCUCGCGGAGAUGGAGAGGCGUAUCGAGGACGAGAACAAUGAGGGUUUCGAGGUGGAUGAGUUAUCUGGCGAGCUCCUCCACGUCGGCGGAAGCUGGAACAUCGUGUGGGAUCUGCAGAGCACGCACAGCACACGGACAGCCCGACAGCACUAUGCUGUGCACAUCGGCAUGCCGGGCCACCUGACACCGACGCUGCUGCGCAACUUUCACGAGGUCAGCCGGCUAUGGCACGCGUUUCUACACAAGGGCACGCCGCUACAGCCGUGGGGCAGGAGAGCGCAGACAGAGCGGGAUAGCGGCACGGAGGACACGGCGGUGGAGACGGGCGAUAGUGAGGCCGAAGCUCUCGUGGCUCUACAGGCGCUCGAGGGCGAGGCGGCAACGUGGCGCUCGCAUAAGCAGAAAGAGUGCAUGCACGCGAUUCUACGGCUACAGGGCGCGCAGCAUCUAAUCUGCGUGUUACCGACUGGGGCGGGUAAGAGCAACUUGUUUAUGGCGCCGGCGGUGAUGGCAGGUCGGGGCACGACCGUCGUUAUCGUGCCGUUCUCCACGCUUAUUGACGAUCUUGUCGGGCGAGCCAGGGAGAAGGGCGUGGACGCGAUCCAAUUCCGUAGCAGCGAGGUGGUCACGCGAGAGGCGAUGCCAUACGUGCCGCGGCUUGUGUUUGUGAGUGCUGACACGGCUGUCGCUGAGGACGAGCUCUUUAUGGCAUAUGUGGACAGGCUCGCGCACGGCGGGCACCUGCAGCGUAUCUUUGUCGACGAGGCACACGUGGCGAUCACAGACUCAUCGUACAGGGAAGCGCUUACGAAGCUCAAGGAGCUGCAUCGCUUCACACGGCCCAUGGUGAUGCUCACGGCGACGCUCAUGAAGACUAUGGAGCGAGACUUCCGCGCGAUGGUUCUACUACCCAACGCAGCCAUUAUACGCGACCGAACGACAAAGACGAACGCACGAUACGAGUUUAUACAAGUCGGGAGGAAGGAGGGCGCAGUAGAGAAGGCGACGGUCCAGUUUAUCAGGCAGGCGAUGGCGUCUAUAGCAAGCCAGGAGAAAUGCGUGGUGUACUGCAAAUCUAUUGCCGACUGCCGCGCUAUCGCAGAGGAGCUAGGCUGUCUCUGCCACCAUAGCGAGAUGAGCGACGCGGAGCGGAAGGGAGUCAUCGCGCUCUGGCUGUCGGGUCAGGCGAGCCCCGUGAUAGCCGCCACGACUGGGCUCGGCACCGGCGUGAACUAUGGCGGGAUCGUGGUCAUCGUACACCAGGGCAUACCAUAUGGACUCGUCGACUAUAUACAACAAACCGGGCGAGGCGCGCGGCAGGACGGCCAGACGGUGCAGUGUAUUGUCAUCUAUGACGGGGUGCGGCCGUUUGAGGCCAAGGGCAUCACCAGCGUGUCACUUAGGAACCAGCACGCGAUGUGGACGGUGGCAACUGCGCCCGGCUGUGUCCGUGAGCAGAUUGCGAUGAUCAUGGACGGCGUGCUAGGUGAGUGCUGUGGUGAUGUAGACGGCGCGGUGCCAUGCUACCAGUGUGCACCACGCUACGUGGCAGAGGCAGGGAGGGGUUGGCAGGACACGAGACGGGAGGACGCGCCCGUGGCGGUCAGGGGUAGGGACGUAGGCACAGACGCUCUUGCACGGCGGGCUGAUACGGAGGAGACCCGCGCCCGGGGCCACGCCGCCAACGCGAGUGUGUUCCAGGAAGACGUUCGAGCUCGAACCGCAGACGAGCGCAUGGCUCGACAGUGGCUAGAGGAGGUCAAAGACUCGUGCGCUGCAUGUUAUAUCAAGGCUUUCUUAGUAGAAGAGGGCGGUCUAGACAGACACGGCGUAGACUAUGGCCAGGACGUGGGCGCACACGAGGCGCUCGGGGCAGCAUGUCCCGCGCUGCAUUCGGGGAUGGUCUCGCACCGGGUAUUCCGAGCGAGACUCCGGUUCGCCGCGCACUCCUGCUGCUUCACCUGCAAGCUGCCACUUGAUUGGUGCGCGCAGGCUAAAGCAGACAGGGGUGAGAGGGAUCGAUGUGUGUACGCGGACAAGGUGCUGCCUGUAAUAUUGGUGGCGGCCAGCAUAACGCGCCAGGCGGCAUGGAUACGCGACGAGUUCGCGAUUGAUCUGAGCGACGAGGCGGCGUUCGUACAAUGGCUUGCUGGCCGACAAAGAUUCAUGGAUACGAGAGGGACAAACAUGCAUAUGUUAUGGGUGAGGAUUCUGCGUAAAGCUUACGGACCACAGAUGCGUGUCGCGGGAUUGUAG